UAGCUAUAAAAAAAGGUAGACUAAUCUUUAAUCUCACCAUGAUAAAGAGCUUAGGCAAUAUGAAGAACUAUAACGAGAAACGCGCAAGAUGUUGUGAGUACAUCGAAGCUCUUGAAGAAGAACGCCGCAAGAUCAAUGUCUUCCAGCGCGAGCUUCCUCUUUGCUUAGAGCUUGUCACCCAAGCGAUCGAGACAUAUAAAAAGGAGAUAUCAGGGGCAACAACGGAUAAUUUGUACGGACAAUCGGAGUGCUCUGAGCAGACUACGGGAGAAUGUGGGGCCAUCUUGGAUCUAUUCACACCUAUCAAACACUCUUCAACCUCCUUAGAAGAGGAAGAGGAAGAGGAAGAAGAAGAGGCUGAUGAACACGAAUCUAAUGAAAUUGGCAUAGAUUCCCAUGACAAGAACAUGAAAUCUGAAUGGCUCAAGUCUGUUCAGCUCUGGAACCAACCUGACUCAGUUCUUUCUAAGAAUUUGGAACGCGCAAAACAGGAGACAGAAACGGUGGUAGAAGCGAUCAAAGGAAAUGACAACAGAACAACGUCUCAUCAGGCGCCGUGUUAUGAAACGAGCAACGGAAAAAGUGGCGACAACAAAUCUCAGGCGAGUAUUAGCGGUGGGCGAAAGAAGGAGGCGGAGAGCGGUGGUAGCCGUGGAAUAGGGAAGCGAAAGCAUAGGAGGUGUUGGUCACAUGAGUUGCACAGACGCUUCUUGAACACUCUUAAACAGCUUGGUGGUCCUCAUGUAGCGACGCCGAAACAGAUUAGAGAGCUAAUGAAGGUUGAUGGGUUAACAAAUGAUGAAGUUAAAAGUCAUUUGCAGAAAUACAGGCUGCAUACAAGACGACCUGGCCAAAAAAAUUCCAACAAGAGAGACUCUCAAACGCAACAUUUCAAAGUCGUCGGUGGAAUAUGGAAACCUCAAGGUAGCCACUCCACGGCCAAUGCUGCGGCGGCGGGUGAGACUACCACCGGGAUUUACGGUCCAUUGCUGUCAGAGUGGCCGAGCCAAACAAGUUUUGGUCGGACUAUUUCGGAAGAAAGAUCACGAUGCUCUAACAAAGGAAUUAUUCGGUGUAGCUCCCCGGCAAUGUCUUCUUCUACUCGUACAAAGACUAAAGAUGCAAAACUAUAA